GGAAGAGAAAUGUCCACCUGGUCUGGACAGGAAUAGGCCAUGGUCAACCACAGGUCCCUGGUGGACUUCCUCCUACUGGGCUUCUCUGAACACCCAGCGCUUGAAAGAAUCCUCUUCGUGGUUGUCUUGAUUUCUUACCUCCUGACUCUAGUGGGCAACAUCAUCAUCCUGCUGUCCAUGCUGGACCCCAGGCUCCACACCCCAGUGUACUUUUUCCUCUCCAACCUCUCCUUCCUGGACCUCUGCAUCACUAAAAGUUUUGUUCCCCAGAUGCUGGUUAACCUCUGGGGCCCAAAGAAGACCAUCAGCUUCCUUGGCUGCUCUGUCCAGCUCUUCAUCUUCCUGUUUCUGGGGACCACUGAGUGUGUCCUCCUGACAGUGGUGGCCUCUGACCGCUACGUGGCUGUCUGCCAGCCCCUUCACUAUACCACCGUCAUCCACCCCCGCCUGUGCCCAGCUGUGGCCUGGGUAAUGGGUCUGGUCCAAUCAGUAGUCCAGACACCACCCACUCUCCACCUGCCCUUCUGCCCCCAUCGGCAAAUAGAUGACUUUGUAUGUGAAAUCCCUUCUCUAAUUCAACUCUCUUGUGGAGACACCACCUACAAUGAAAUUCAGUUAGCUGUGUCCAGUGUCAUCUUCCUGGUCACGCCCCCCGCCCUCAUUCUUAUCUCUUAUGGUGCCAUUGCCUGGGCAGUACUGAGGAUUAACUCCGCCAUAGCAUGGAGAAAGGCUUUGGGGACCUGCUCCUCCCAUCUCACUGAGGUCACCAUCUUCUACAGUUUAGUCAUUUCCGUUUACCUCCAGCCCCAAAAUCCCUAUGUCCAGAAGAGAGGCAAGUUCUUUGGUCUCUUCUAUUCAGUGGGCACGCCUUCACUUAACCCGCUCAUAUACACCCUGAGGAACAAGAAGGUAAAGAGAGCACUCAGCUGGCUGCUGGGGAAGGUCGAGGACUCCAGGGAGAGCUGAGCGAGAACUGCUUGAUGUGCGUGAAAAGUGAGAGCAACUUCUUCAUGGUUUUGUCAGGAAGUCUGUGUUCCCCACACCUCUGCUCUCCUCACAUCCAUCAUGUCACAGAAAUGGAUGACAGCCACGUGUGUGUGCGUGCAUGCAAGUGUGAGUGUGAGUGUGUGUGUGUGACAGAGAGAGAGACAGACACAGAGACACAGAGACUGAAAAUGUGCUAAGGGGAAGUAC